UCAUAACUCUAUAUAUUCUUGUUGGCAAUCCCUCCUUUGAUGCAACCACCAAGCCUCUUGUAUCUUUCAACAAAUUAAACUUGCUUUCUUAUAAGCUUAAACCACCAAUAUGGUUUUCCCACAAGAAGAGAAAGAGAGCUUAGUGUAUGAUUUGAGAGUAUCCUCAGUUGGGCCAGGUCAUGCCACCGGGUCGGAUGUUUUUCAUUAUCCGAACGGUUUGGAUCUGACCAUGAAACUUCACUACCUUAAAGUCGUUUACUUCUUUGACUCCGAGGCUGCACAAGGCCUAACAAUUAAGAAAAUAAAAGAGUCAUUGUUCAAUUUGCUCGACUAUUAUUUCAUCCCUUGCGGCCGAUUCCGGCGAUCGGAAUCGGGUCGACCCUUCAUCAAGUGCAAUGACUGUGGAGCAAGAACCAUUGAGGCCAAUUGCACCAAAACUCUAGAUGAAUGGCUUGCUAUGAUGGAUUGGCAUUCCUACAAGUUGCUCGUUUCUCAACAAGUCAUUGGACCAGAAUUAUCAUUUUCUCCUUCCGUUUUGUUGCAGGUAACUCAAUUUAAGUGUGGUGGGAUUUCAUUGGGCCUUAGCUGGGCCCAUGUAAUGGGGGACCCACAUUCAGCUUCAGAUUUCAUCAACUUAUGGGGUCAAACCUUGAACAAUUUGAGCCUAAAACUGCCCUUCAACAUUCCAAGAUCCGUCUCAACACCCCUUAAUUUUGGACCCGAAAAGGAUCCGGCUACAGUUAAACGGGUUGACCCGGUUGGUGAUCAUUGGAUCCCAGCCAACAACAAAAAAAUGGACACAUUCUCCUUCCACAUAACUAGCUCCCUGAUGAACAACUUGCAAGAACAAAUUUGGGGUCCAAAUGUUGAACAAACCCCUCCAUUUGCAUCUUUAUGUGCAAUAAUUUGGCGUUGCAUAGCCCGAGUUCGAGAAGGAUCCGAACCCACAACCGUGACAGUUUGUCGACCCGACCCUAACGGUAGGGGCAAUGAUAUAAUGGGAAAUGACCAAUUGAUAUGCAAGGUUGAGGCAGGAAAAGAGUGUUCUAUUGUUGACACUGAUUUAAAAAAUUUGGCUAGCAUGCUUGUGGAUCAAGGUAUUGAUGAAAGAAAUCAAAUUAAGGAUAUAGUUGAAAAUGAUCAAGGGGUGACUGAUUUUUUUGUCUAUGGUGCCAAUUUGACAUUUCUUGACUUAGAAGAUGUCAAUGUUCAUGACUUAAAAUUAAAGGGACAAAAGCCAAGAUUUGUUUACUACACACUUCAAGGAGUGGGAGAUGAAGGUGUUGUUUUGGUGCUUCCUAAGGUGAAUGAUAUUGAAGGAAAAUUUGUGACCAUUAUAUUGCCAGAAGAUGAAAUGGUGAAACUUAAGUCCGAGCUUAAGGUCAAUGGUAUUAUGUUUGAGGGUGAUUUUUAAUGAUUGAUUAAGUAUAAGUUUAAGAAUAAAUAAGUUUGAUAAGUUGUAUUAUUUGUGUGUUUGAUUGCAGUAUAUGUAGUUCAUGACUUAAUGAUUGAUUAACGGUUUGCAUGGCAUGGAAUGAUAUAUUUCAUAUGAAUUGUUAUUAAAUAAGUUAUUUUGAAGACAAA